ACAGCGCUGCCGCCGAUCGAGUUGGACGGCAGCAGCGGCGAGGACGAGGACCAGACCCGGGACGAAGAGACAGAGACCCACCGGCGGGACCAGGAUCAGGCCCCGCGACACCGCAUCACCGCCUCGAUAAUUAAAUCAAGACAGUGCCAUCGUCAUCGUGCAGUGUCGCGACGUGGGUGAGGUAGGCGGAGGCCGCGGCGGACGCGUCGCUCGUCGGACGGCAGGAUGAGGCCCGACGAGAUGGUGGUGAACAAUGGCGAACCACGGCGGGCGGCGGAGACGAUGUCGGAGACAUCGGAGGGCACCGCGACCACCAGCGUGUCCGGCAAGUCCGGUUUCGAGAGCCGCGAGGAGCUGCAUGACCUCGCGGCCCUACUGGGCAUCAAUGAUCCCGAGGACCUGCAUCAGGAACGCUUCCGCGUGGACCGUCGUAAACUGGAGCAGAUGCUUCUCGGUGAUGUCAAACCGGCGGAUACCUUCUUCCAUAACGUUAUGGAGAGAACAAAUACUAUCGUUACGUGGCCAUCGAGACUGAAGAUCGGAGCAAAGUCGAAGAAAGAUCCGCACAUAAAGGUCGCAGGACGACUAGAUGACGUACGAUCAGCAAAGGAGAAGAUAAUGGAAAUUUUGGACACACGGCAAAAUAACAGAGUGACCAUGAAGCUGGACGUUAGUUACACCGACCAUUCGCACAUCAUUGGCAAAGGCGGCCUGACGAUUAAACGAGUGAUGGAAGAAACUGGUUGUCACAUCCACUUCCCAGACAGCAACCGCAGCAAUCAUCAAGACAAGAGCAAUCAGGUCUCUAUUGCUGGCGAGAUGGAGAGCGUCGAACGCGCCCGCGCUCGUGUUAGGAAUCUGACGCCUCUGAUCUUUUCCUUCGAGCUACCUAUAAUGGGCGCUUCGCAGAGCAUGCCAGACUGCACCUCGCCGUACGUGGUGAAGAUACAGGAGAAGUACAACGUACAGGUGAUGUUUCGCACGAGACCUAAGCUGCACGCCACCCUAGUGGUCGUCAAGGGAUGCGAGUGGGAGGUUUCUCAAGUCAAAGAGGCGACAUAUCUGCUGAUCCGUUAUAUGUGCAAAAAUCUAGCUAGAUAUCGUUUCACAAUUAGUAUUGUGAAGUCACCGAAACAUCAUAGCAUUGUGCUAGGGAAACAAAGUAGCAAUCUGAAAAAUGAUAAUGCAACGUACGCGACGCAGAUUAUGUUCCCCGAUGCCGGCGAUCCGAAUAUACCCAGUCUUAAAAGCAAUGUCACUAUUACUGGUGAUAUAAAUAACGUUUACUUGGCCAGACAACAGUUAGUGGGCUCAUUGCCGUUGGUACUUAUGUUCGAUCUGCCGGAAGAUUCUUUGACCGCUUCCGUGGAUACUGAAAAGAUCUCGCAACUCAUGCAAUCUUUGGAUGUAUUUAUCAAUGUGCGCCACAAGCCGAAACAAAGCACGCUUUCCGUGAUUAUUAAGGGAAUCGAAAGAAAAGCCAGUAACAUUUACAAGGCGCGGAAGCAAUUGCUAGGAUUGGACGAGCCUAUGGUUGUCGCUGAUAUACCAGUUACUUAUCACAUUCCGAAUGCUGGCAAUGUUUUUCAAGGCAAUUCCAAUAACGAUAGCUCUAACAACAAUCUGAUCAGUGGCAUGUCGGAAAAUUUCUCUAGCAUGCUAAAUGUGAACACGCAGAAUCCGCCGUAUUGUGUCUCACCGAUAUCGCACUCACCGAAUUCUCUGGGAUUGUCAUCGCACUGGGGUCUCACUCAUCAUUAUAUUCCGUCAAUGUGUCCGUAUCCCUACUCUCACCUGAACCAUUUGUUAACGACACAACACAUGCUGCACAAUAACAUGAUGGGAACUUCUCACGGACCUCAUGGAUUAUCAAAUCACGUGAUGCCUCCUGGUAUUGGAGCGUUCCAUCAUAACAAUGUACCGACCAGCUUUUCCGGAAUGCAUAAUCUGAAUGCCAACUCGUUGAUGGAUAACAAAGACGGUAGCAGUGCUUACUCUUCGCUAAGUAGCGUUUCCAGCUCUCUAUCUAGUCCUGCCAUCAGUCCUCGUAACAUCUCACCAGUAAAUCCUACGGAUGCUAAUACUAAUCUAACGGAUCUAUCUAGCAUGUUAUCCGAUUUACCAGUUACCGAUCGACGUGCACCUGGUUGCGAGAAAAAAUCACUCGAAAUGGCUGCGCAACAAAAUCUCACGCCCUUCGAUUACGAGCAGAAGAAACUAUUGGCUACAAAGGCGAUGCAGAAUAAGUCGAGCAACAACGAUUUCCGUGUACCGACGUCUGCUUGGUCUGGUUAUGGUCUCAGUCAAAGUAUUCCACCUAUAACUACGAGUGAUUUAAGCAAGGAGCUGACAUCACAUCCUUCAGAUUUAUGGAAAGAACCAACCACGCCGGUGUUCAAUACAGAAAUGAAUUUUGGUAGUAUUAUCUCAAGCAAGGACCGCAUUGGACAAAUUGGAAUGGCCUCAAAUUAUAUGGAUCAUACGCCGACCUCCCAUUUGAAUAAGAUUACGUCGUCCCAUCGUUUCAAUGAUCUAGGCAGCAUGUUAACCAGUAUCGGUUUGGAGAAAUAUAUACGCCUGUUCACGUCUCACGAAGUGGACAUGGCCACGUUUCCUUCCCUGACAGAGAAGGACCUUUGUGAAAUUGGGAUAACUGCAUGGGGUGCAAGACGCAAAAUAAUGCUAUUAAUAUCUGAGAUGAACAAACGAACUAGUCCGUUCUCUGGAAGCGCUGCACCUGGUGCUGAACGGAAGGCAGCCUCGUCGUCGGCGCCAACGUCGUCGAUGGGCAAAUGCAAUCUGGACACCAAAUGGUAAAAAAAAGAAAUAAUCGCGUGUAUAUUAUUCGUUCCGAGCGUAAUGGCGUGUCAUCAGCGCUCUCGAAGCCGAUCCCUGAAAUCCGUUGUAUUCGGUCGAAAUUACGAAAACAGAUACGUACUUAAUAAUGCCGAUUGCGUGCGUAAUUGUGGGGACUAUUACGUCGUUACAUCGGUUGUUCGGGCGGAACAAAACGCGGAUUCAUGGGAUUCAUGGAAACUAGGAGGGCUAUCUGGCUAUCCAUUCCGUGAGAAUUCGACAGACGCGGUAAGAAUAGCCAAAUAGUUUGCAUGUUGAUUAUGUGGAGUUACUUAAAUAUCAGGAGAAAGUUAUUUUUGUGGCCGAGAACUGGCUGUAUUAUUUUUUUUCCUAAUUUUUUUUUCGCUGUUCUCGGUACGCGGCCGAAAGGUGCCUUAGGAUUUAGGAUAGUCGUUAUUAUUUUCGCAAGUCUUUGUUUGUUAUUCAAGAUGGACAUUCGCGUCGCUAUCGUUUCAUUCUUGUUAAUAAAUAAAUAUUUCUAUUUGAAUCCUAGUGGUUUGAUGGAUUCUGUGAUUCCAAUUAACAUUUUGAAAGCGAAGCGCGCCAGUUGCUGGUGAUGCAAAAUGAUGUUGAAAAUAUUUACGAAACGUCGACGCGCGCGUCCUGUUCGUUACAUCGUGUGAUGGUUCGCUUGAUGACCGGAUGAUCGGUAUGUGUGAGUGAAUGUGCGUACGUGUGCAUGAAACAUCGGGCAUAAAUGUUUUGAGUAAAAUCUAAAAAAAAAAAAAUCAAAAGAAGUUGUAUCAGUUAUUAGAAAUUUAAAGUAAAAUGCGAUGGGCGAGGGAUGUCCCGUGUGUUCAGCGGCCUUUCGUCCUAGCAAAAAUUCACAUAUAUUUAAUUCAGACUAAGCUCGAAUGCAACCGCGAGUCGGCCAGAAUUGUAUUGUUAAUGAAAAGCAAACGGAAUAAGCAAUCGAUGCUAAUCAAUCACGAUUGGAACGUUGCGCGAUAAACAAAUGCAGUUGCGGUAGAUUUUGCAUGAGGUUGCGAUCUCGAGUUUUACAAAGUAAAUAUAAGUUGCAAAGUAUUUAUUAAUUAUUUCGCGAAAGACGCUGGACGCACGUCAAACAAUAGACCGCAAGAACUUUUCGUGUAAAGCAUGUGUUGAAGAUAGAACGAUGUUAAACGAAUUCUAUAGCGCAAAUAUUCCACGAAUUACUCUCCGCGCAACCGAUACUUUUCGAAAAAUCAAUUGAAUCGGGUAUCGAUAGUAAAAUCGCGAUGAUGAUCAUCGUGUUAAUUAUAGGAAGCCUUAUUAAAUCUAAACUUGGCAGUUAAGGAAAUGUAUUUGAAAUUAUAUUUAUAGUAAAAAAA